AUGAACGUCACGUCUCUCUUCUCCUUCACCAGCCCGGCGGUCAAACGACUGCUGGGCUGGAAGCAAGGCGAUGAAGAAGAGAAGUGGGCAGAGAAGGCUGUGGAUGCUCUGGUCAAGAAGCUGAAGAAGAAGAAGGGUGCUAUGGAGGAGCUGGAGAGGGCACUCAGCUGCCCCGGUCAGCCAAGCAACUGUGUCACUAUCCCCCGCUCGCUGGACGGAAGGCUCCAGGUGUCACACCGGAAAGGGCUGCCUCACGUCAUCUACUGCCGCGUAUGGCGUUGGCCUGACCUGCAGUCACACCAUGAGCUCAAGGCCCUGGAGUGUUGUGAGUUUCCCUUUGGAUCUAAGCAGAAAGAUGUGUGCAUCAAUCCCUAUCACUACAAGAGGGUGGACAGUCCAGUGCUGCCACCUGUGCUGGUGCCACGAAACAGCGAGUUCAAUGCUAAACUCUCUAUGCUGCCACGUUUCCGUAACCCACUCCAUCAGACAGAACCCCAUAUGCCUCAGAACGCCACCUUCCCUGACUCCUUUCAACAGCAGCCAGGGAACACCCUUCCCUUCACACCCAACUCUCCCACCAACAGCUACCCCAACUCGCCCAACAGUGGCACAGGCAGUACAGCCACCUUCCCCCAUUCACCGUCCAGCUCAGACACAGACAGCCCUUUUCAGAUGCCAGAAACCCCUCCACCUGCAUAUAUGCCCCCAGAGGAGCCAAUGACAAAGGACUGUCCGCAGCCAAUGGACACUAACCUGCUAGCUCAAAACCUGCCAUUGGAGCUCAGCAACCAACCAGAUGUUCAGCCUGUGGCAUAUGCGGAACCCAAACACUGGUGCUCCAUUGUGUACUAUGAGCUGAAUAAUUGUGUGGGAGAGGCUUUCCAGGCCUCCUCAACCAGUGUACUGGUGGAUGGCUUUACAGACCCCUCCAACAACCGGAACCGUUUCUGCCUUGGUCUGCUGUCGAAUGUCAACCGCAACUCGACCAUUGAGAACACUCGACGCCACAUUGGAAAAGGAGUCCAUUUGUACUAUGUGGGAGGGGAGGUAUACGCUGAAUGUUUGAGCGACAGCAGUAUCUUUGUCCAGAGCCGCAACUGCAACUAUCACCAUGGUUUCCACCCCACCACUGUAUGCAAGAUCCCCAGUCGCUGCAGCCUAAAAAUCUUUAACAACCAAGAGUUUGCCGAGCUCUUGGCACAGUCCGUCAAUCACGGUUUUGAAGCCGUGUAUGAACUCACCAAGAUGUGCACCAUCCGGAUGAGCUUUGUAAAGGGUUGGGGUGCAGAGUAUCAUCGACAGGAUGUUACAAGCACCCCAUGCUGGAUUGAGAUUCAUCUUCACGGUCCCCUGCAGUGGCUGGAUAAAGUCCUAACCCAGAUGGGCUCUCCUCACAACCCCAUUUCCUCUGUGUCCUAGACAGAGCUGACCAUAAGGCAACUGCAGAUGUCUGGGUUCCUGUGCAGAAGCUGAUUGGUGUAAGGGAGGGGUAGAGGGUGGGUUUUGUAUUCUACUUGAAGGCAGUUUGUCUGGGGGCAUACAUUUUGGCUGAAGGGUCCUUAGUUUUCAGCCAUGAGAAUCUGGAAGAUACUUGACAACCUUGUGUGACCAAGCAUGUUAAAUGAUGAGGCCAUCAUACUUGUGACAAGUAUCCUCCUUUGGUCUUGUUUGUGGGUUUUUAAGACAAGUUUUCCUUCUUUUUCUUUUGCAUUUCUUCUCCUUUUUGCAGUUUACAAAUCAGUAUUCCAUUGGCAAAAAAAGGUCUGCAUCGUAGUUUAGAGACUAGUACAGGGUUGUACAGUGUAGUGUAGCGUGAACACGUCUGGAAGGCAAAAAAGUAUGAAAACUCGUGCAGAUAUAUAAUGCUUUAAAUAAACUGAAUGGCGUGAAGCUGUAAGAAGGAUAACAAGGUUAUUAAUGCAAAAUGUCAGAAUGUAUUAGCAGAAGUAUUAAUGAAAUAAUGUAGCAAAAAUGGACAAAAAUGUCUGUUGUAGAAUGAAGAAAACAUAUAUUUGAACAUAAAGCUUUUGAAUGGGUUAACAUAUGGGGAGUUCGAGCAUGUUAGUAGUGGGUAGGGAUGCAUGAGCAAACUCAUGCGUAUGUUGCGCUACUUCUAUUGCAGUUGCGUUCGACUGAUUUCAAAAUCGGGUGUGUAAAUGUACUUAUUAGUAGAGAAAGUGCUGUGCAGUCUGUUUUUUUGCAAGUGUGGUUUGAUCCCCAGGAUUGUCAGUCUUUGAUGUCUAUGAGAGCGGAGGCAGGCUUCGUUUACUUUGUCCAUAUAUUGUGCACUCCACCACUGUGCUGUAAGGAAGAACGUCUUCCUUUGCCAGUUUUUUCUUUUCUUUCUGAAAUGCCAUUAUUUUUUUUUUAUUUUUUUUUUACAAAACACCUUUUAAAAAGCAAGAGAAAGAAAUAUAUAUGAUGCCUAUGCAUUUUCAGCAUUUUUAGGGUGAAAUAAUUACCUUUUUGUUGACUAAGUUCUAAAUGGCACUAGUGAUUUUUUAUUUUUUUUUAUUUUUUGUAAAAAGUAGGUUAAUUUUAAUUAGCUUGCUCUCCAUUUUUUUUUCUUCAUAGUGAAUUCCCAUCCACUGUCAAAAUGUUAACAAUUUUUGUAUUUUUUGGAAGAAAAUAUAUGAUGUUGUUCCUUCAUAUCUGCACUUUUCUAAGCGGCUUUUUGUCUCUGUCCCUUUUUUUGUGCUGUUCUUGCUUACUUGUACUAUCAGAAAGCAGUUUUAUUCCAUGAAUAGCAAGUCUGUACUGGAAGAUUCAAUAAAAUUGUUUGAUUCACA